UGGGGGUUGGGGCCCUGACAGAUAACAGUUAAUCAAUGGAUCCACACGCAGACCCGUCUACAAAUGAAAAGACGAUUGGGACUACGGCAUCAGAGGGCUAAUAGGGCAGAUGUGAGGCAGCGGACUCUGUGCCAGAGAAGAGAGGAGCAGUAAAUGAAUGAAUCAAUGACAAGCCCAUUACAAACCUUUGUGUCAGCUGCUGGGUGUGACACAUGAAAGAGAUGGAGGGAGAGGAGGCUGAUAAAGAAGAAGAUGAAAAGGAGUAGAAAUGAGACCUGAGAUUGGAGAGAAAAUGUCAGAUAAGAAACAGUCAACAGGUCUGAUAAAAGAGGAGGCUGAUGGCUCUUGGGCUUUUGUUGUUGUUGUUGCUUCCUUUGAAUUGCUGCUUAAAAACUAGUCGUCUGCUUUCCUGUUUUCAUUCUCGAUUUAGAUGGAGGAUGUCUGACAUUUUGACGAUGACCAGAACAGAUACCAUAGGGCUUAAAGUCUAAACUGUGUGUGUGUGAGAUUUGUUUUUUUAUUGUCAGUAAUCUUGAUUUACACUUCAUCUUGAUACAUGGACCUUCUUGUACAGUCUCAAUGAAACACUGACAGUCUGCUUCACUCAUAGAUGUUUUGGUCUUGAUCAGGUACCUCAGACUGCAGUUCAGACUCUGUAGCUCCAUCUACUGUCUGCAGCAUGUACGAGCAGGGGGAUAUAUCAUUUUUGUGCUCAUGCAAAAAUCAGCUCAUAAAUAAAAGGUCAGAUUAAUCACCCUUGAAGCUUCUAAAAUAUAAAUUACAGGGGAUGCAUGAUCAAAAAACACUAUAAGGUGCUGGUUUAAUUCAGUCAGGGGCGCAUGUGCUGCAUUUAUGGGGCUGUAGCCUUAAUCACAGUGGUCCAAGGAUCGAGUCCUCCUGGGCCCAACAGGAUUUGGAUAUGUCAUUUAAGAUGUCAUCUUAAAUUAGGGUGAUAAAUCCAGAAAAUAAUCUUACAAAUAAUCAUUACACUAUUGUUAUUUUAGAUUCUGCUACACACACAUAUCCCACAAUGUUUCAGGAAAAAGUAAAAAAAUCUGCAUCAAAAAUAUCAUUUAUCUUACUAUGAAGUAAAACAUAAUUCUCAGCUGUAAUAUUGUCACUAAUCCAUUUGCCAUCCAAACUUGCAUCAGGAUGCAAAUGAGUGACAUUAUUGUAUUUCUAAUAUAGAUUUAACCCUCCUCCUGUGUUAGGGUCUGCACUGACCCGUUUUUUAUCUUAAAUGAUUAGAAGAAACACUUAAAUUUGCUUUUGUGCAUCAAGACUUUUUGACUUUGUCAGGAACCUCUAUUUCAACAAAAUAAAAAUAAAUUAAUUAAAUGGACUAAAUUAUAAAAUGCUCUUAUUAAAAUUAUGGCACUUGUCGUGUUAGGGUCGCUGUUGACCCGUUUAGAUUAAUAUCUAAUAAUUAGAGCAAAAACUGAAAUCAUAAGUGCACUGACAGUCACCAUAAUUACAGUCAGAUCAUCUUCCAAUCAUGUGAGAUUUAGGAAAUUCUCAUUUUGCCGUGUUUUACCCUGCACAAAAAACGUCUGGCAUGUCCAGAUAAGUGAGACCAAUUCAGUAUAGAUGUCUGUCUGAGGGGUAUACUUAUAAAGAAAGACCCAGAGGCCCACUACAAAAAAUAUUAUCAGCAAUAUUUUCAUGGAUAAUGAAGCCUAACAAGGUAACCUAGAGAUGAGAACCAAAUUUGAUGAUAGAGAAAUGUUUUCAGUGUAAUUUGCAGCUGAUUUAAGACAUGGGUCAAAACUGACCCUUAAAAUGGUGGGUGUGUAGUAAAAGCUAACACAGGAGGAAGGUUAAAGUGUGUCACCAGGGGUCACAGUAGUUCUCAGAAAUACAUACACAAUCCUUUUCUUGCUCACUGUUUCUAUGACAAGCUUAAACACUACCAUGUAAAGAUUUCAAAACGAGAGACUCUCAUAUUUUUAAAUCUUUAUUUACAGGUUUACAGUUUCAUCUUUUUCCUCUUCAGUGUAGGUUUGAGGCUCUGUAAUGAUUAAAAGUCUUAAUGAUCUAUAAGUCAGCAUACUUCACAGGCCUUUAAAGUGUCGGUAUUCCCACCAAAAAACCCGUAAACCAAACUUCCUGAUAUAAAAGAGGAUGUUAAAUCAUUCACGUCACACCAGACCACACAAAGGAAUCUGCAGAAUCUCCUGCUGUGACCUUGAUCACAGAGUACGCAGAGACAUUUCAUGUUCGGGGGUAUUAUCAAAAACUCCUUACAUCACAUUACGUCAUGCACGCAAUCAGAAAAGUGUUUCCGCCUAAGCCCUCUCCUCCAUAAACAUGUCUGCUUUGACUUCCCAGCAGUGGGAAAUACUUGUAAUUCCAGACAGCUUUGUUGUAAAUCUACACUCACUAUCCCGUUGCUGCGGCUCGGUGCUCAGUCUCAGUCUGUGUGUGUAUUUGAGUAUGUGUGCAUGAACCUGUGAGAGACUGUGUGUGUGUGUUUGUGUAGGUGCCAGUGUGUCAAAUUACACUUAAGUCUCUUUAGGACAGUCCUAAAGAUAGUGGCCAGGCAGGAGUGUGUUCAUGAGGUGUAAUGUUGCAGCAUACAGACAUAGAAAUAGAACAAGUAGAACUGCCCUGCUUUUGUAUUUCUGCUGGUUUUGUCCUGGACUGUAAGUGCUUAAAAAUCUCAUUCUGCUGUUUUUAAAGGUUGUCAUAACUCUCAUUUCUGCCAAAUGGGAAAAAAGGCUUUUUUGAACACAUGUAUUUACCAGCCAUGAAUUUACCAUACUAGUCCUCAAGCUGAUAGCUUCGAGAGGCCAUAUAGAGCAGGUAGACCAAUGUUAGUUUUUCAGGGCUCUCUCAUUAGGCUGAUAAUCAAUACUAAGAACCGAUAUAUCAAAAUGUAUGGUUUAGAAUAUUACAAGUCUGACACAAAACUUUGCUUUAAUGCUUUUAGCAAAUAUUGGAUCAAGAAUAAAAUGUUCAUCACAUAGACUGUAUAUACUAUGGACAACUUGGCUCUGCCUUCCACCAGAAUACGGAUUUGAAUACACCAUAAGCAGCAGGAGGGCUUCUCUGACAUUCAGGAGUCUCAGGAUGAGUAAUUUGAUGUGUCUUCUUCAGGACAGCAAACAGCUUCUCUGAACACAAACCAGCUCGAGUGUCAAAAUACAUAACCAUCAAGUUAUCAGUCUGAGGUCAAUCAUUGAGCGCCCCAAAGAAGACAGCAGUGCACUCCUCUUUUGUUCCCUCUUUCUCAGUCACCUUGUAACCAUGUCUCUUUCUUUCUUUUUCACCUCACCUUCCUCCCCAGAGAUGGAGAUGAUGAUGAUCCGAUAUUUGGAUCAGAUAUUGCCUCCGAUAUUAACAAAUUAACUGGAUCGGAUAUCUGAUGGAUGACGCUGAUCCAGCUGUCACCUUUUUUUGACAAGGCUAAUGUCAAGCCUGAUGCCUUCACUCACAGGACAAGGUAUAGACACGUUUUUGUGCAACGUCAUCACAGGUAUGCGCCCGCGGCCAGGGGGCAGAAAGCAAGAGAUUUCUUAUUUGUUUACUAGCGAAGUCAAUGGAGAAAGAAAAUUACAAGGAGCUUUUGUGCUGUAAACUGCACAAAUCGGCAAAACAAACAAUCGGCAAACAUUACGACCCUGCUCCUGAUAUUAGAAACAUCUAAAACAACGUCACAACCUGGUUCAAAUUCAUGGACAUCUCAGCAAGUGUUUUUCUGAUUUGGGUGCAAUUGAAGACAAAGCGAUUUUUCAAUGAAAUGACAUUUUAUUGCAUUUGUGUUAGGGAGAACUUGCAAAAAAUACGACAUCUUCAUCGAUAUCAGUUCACUCCGAAGCAGGCUUUUGCCCCCCUGGUUGCGCACACCUAUUAUUGUUUUUACACAAGAAACCCGCCUAUAAGGUUCAUUCAUCCAACAGUGGUGUAACGUGAAGGUUUGAUUGACAUCCUGUACAACACUUACCAAUCAGAAGCUAGGACCUCCCCACCAAUCAUCGGACGUUGAAGAGACGUGCAGAUCAAGUCAGUAUUGGGUUGGUCCGUCAAAGACCACAUCUAGACAUCAGUAUGGCGUGCAAAAUAGGUUCGAAAUUUUGACGUCCAAUUUUUUGACGUCGCUCUGACGUUUAGAAUUUGGAUGUCAUCUGAAGACCAAAUCUAGAUGUCAGCACAAUGUGCAAAAUGGAUCCAAGAUUUAGACGUCAUUAUUGGACUUCUUUUAGGCGUUGAAAUGACGUCCACAUUUGUGUCUCAUCAAUGAAAAAAUACGUUAAAUAGAUAUUAUUUGAACGCUGCAUUGCGCAGUGAUAAAUGUAAAUGAACCUCAGAAACACAUUCUGCAUAAUCUGCUAACUCUCACAAACAGCUGCAGAGAAAAUCAUUUAAACUUGAAAAUAUGUAAAUAUGAACCUCUCAACAAUUUGGGAAUAGUUCUCUGUAUGAAUUCUAUAAACACAUUUUUUUUUAGCUCAACUUAAACCCUAAUAGUUAACGGAAAUAUAUAAUUGACUUCACUGUUAAGCUUACAGUGGUAUUGGAUCGGUAUCAGAUAUCGGCCGAGUAUCGCUAUCGGAUUGAAUCGAGAAAAAAAUGUAUCGGUGCAUCUCUAAUGAUGAUGCCCGCUGAGACCCGCAAAUGCUGAGAGGAAGAGGAGAAAAGGGAGGACGAGAGGAGACGAGGGGAAAGGGAGGCAGGAAGGGAAGAGAGAGGUGGGGAGGGGAGGGGGGAGGAGAGGAAAACGAGAGAGAGAGAGGGGCUAGUGGAUGUAGCUCUAGCUGUGGGCCGGGGGGAGAGCUACCUAGCCCGGGCUGCUCUGCUGAAACAUCCAUGGGUGGCUGUGUCGGGAGCCACCACGACUCCUCGGGCAGCUUAAACGAGAACUCGGACGGCACUGGAGGUAACUUAUCGACGUCUUUUAGCGCCCUAGAGCUUGUCUUAUUUUGGGAGACAUUGGAGGUGGGGGUCCUCUAGGCUUACUGCAUGUUGUCCUGGCUGGAGGUCCCUUCCUUUUAUACCCGAGCCAGACAGACAGAGCCGCAGACACACACGGCAGCUCACCCGGGUUAUCUCCUCACGCACAGCGGGCCGUGGAGCGAUAAAUGACGGCUCGUCGCCACUUCUCAAAGUGGGAAAUUUUUAGUGAGCGACGCUUCCUCCCUUUGUUCUGAAGUGUUGACUGAGCUAGCCGGCUAGCCGAGUUAGCACGCUAGCUUCUCUGCAUAACAAAUAUGGGUCACAGACGGGAAUGGUUUACUCUGGAGUGAUACAGUCUGAUUUAUAAUGCGGCCAGACUGUCUCUGCUUUUAACCCGAAAAUAUUAUCUCUAAAAUUAGUAACAACAUCACUAUACCCGAAAUAAUAUACCCAAGUUAAAGUACUUGUCAUUAAAAUAUAUCAAAAUAGCACAAUACAUGACAAAUUAAAGUAGUUAUCUUUUAUUUUUAACUGUGCAAUGUCCAAAGGGAGGGGGAAAGUGCCAUGAGGGGACCAUGUAAAAUUCAACUAAAUAACUAAAAUUAGGUAUUCAUGAACAAAAAAUUCCUAAAAAUAUAUAUAUAUGUAUAUAAACUGUAAACUUAGUUUCUUUUCCACCCAUUCCUGGAGCAUCUGAGUCUUUCCUGGUCCUUGGCACAAGAAAAGCUGCAGGAAAGAGAACCAAAAUAUGGCAGAUUUUGAGUGUGUAAAAAUAAUAAUAAUAAUGCAUUAGAUUUUCAUAGUGCUUUACAUUGGAUACAUCAUUCAUUCGCUCACACAGUUAUACUCUGGUGGUGGUAAACUACCUUAGUAGUCACAGCUGCCUUGGUGCAGACUGACGGAAACGUGGCUGCCAGUUUAUGCUUACGGCCUCUCCGAGCGCCACCACACAAUACUCACAAUCAUACAUCAGUGGAGGACACACACUGGGAGCGAGGUGGGUUAAGUGUCUUGCCCAAGGACAUGACUGACAGACUAGGGAUAGGGGGGAAUUGACCCACCAACCUUCCAGUUAUUGGCCGACCGCUCUACCUCCUGAGCUUCUGACUAAAGCUGAUUAAAAUAUUUUUUAUCACCACAUGUAUUCCCUUAAGAUCACUAUUUUGUGAUAUACAUAACCACUGCGCUAAAUAAAGAUAGCAUGUAAAUUCCAGGACCACUCUUACUGACCUUAUUCGCCUACAUGCAGCUAUCAAAUCCACCCAAACCUACUUUACCCUCAAUCACUAUUGCCGGUCGAAUUUUACCCGAAAUAAUAUACCCAAGAAAAUGUACUUGUCAUCAAAAUAUAUCGAAAAAGGACAAGAGAAAAUCAUAUUGUCCCAGCCCUAUUAUUCACCUACAUGCAGCUAUCAAAUCCACCCAAACCUACUUUACCCUCAAUCACUACUGAUGGGUGAAAAUCACCCUGUGAACACGUGCCUGUAGGAAAAAGCAGGUUUUGGAUCAGGGAAACAAAUAUGCCUUUAAAGAUGUCAAAGGCAAUGCUGAAGCUACCCAGAGACCCAUGAUACUCAGACAAACGCAACAUAAUGAAAAUCGCGUAAACAUGUUUGGUCGGGUGAAAAUCACCCGCGAUAGUGUUCUAGGGAUAAGUAGCUGUAAGCUUCACACACAAUGCUUUCAUUCUCAUUGUCAGGCUUUCGUUUUUAUAAGCUGUGUUGUGUAAGGUGUUUACUGCUGGAAAGUGUUGGGGAAAAAAUCAGGAGGUGUCAAAACUUAAAGGGUGCUUUUGCUUUAUGUUUAUUGCAGGCUAAUUCAGUUACAAGCUUGAGAGCCGGAAACGGCAUGUCCACAGUCGGACAACAAAGUACAAAACCAGACAAUAAGUUUGGCAUAUUUUAUUUAAAGGGCAGCAGACAAAAUUGUAGUCAAGACCAGAUUUUGGGAUUUUUUGUUGGUUUAGUUUUGGCUUACCAAUUUAUUAGAAUAUUUAAAAAAAGUCCUUCGUAACUUAUUUCAAUUUCUGAAUCAUGGACGUGCAAAAUGUUCAAAAAAAGGAGGGUGAAAAUUGCAAUCUCAAUACAAUAUAUUGCCUAAUCCAUUGCUCACAAAUAGAGAUAAUUUUAAUGCAAAUCUAUCACAUAAAAAUGCUGCAAGAUGUCUGAUGAAUAAAGACUUGAAAUUCCCCUGAAAUGAAAACACAUUAUUAGUACCACUAGGGCCACCAUGAGAAGACUUAAGUUGGUGAUAGGACCACUCAAAUAGCAAUAAUAGACCAAUAUUUAGUGUCUGUAGAGUCAGUGUUUGCAGUUUCAGGAUCUCAACCACGAGACUGCAUCUCUAGAACGAUUAUGUCCUUGCACAAGUGAAAGUUAGAGAAAGGCACCAUAAAUAGUAAUAUUCCAGAGUAAAACGGAGGUCCUCUGGUGUGAGGAUUUAUUGCACUAAAUGGUGCCAUCACAAACAACAAAGAUCCUAGAAUUGCAGUCCCUGAAAUCCGGUCCAGAAUCUGCAGCCUGUAGUUCUGCAAACACAUGAACUACCAGGGGGAAGAAAACCUUUGGAACUCAGAAUUUAUAUAUUUUACUUAAAUUGUUAAUUUUGGUCCUAAUGGUACAAUAACUACAUUUCCAAAGUUCUGGUUACAAAGGCAAGUGCAAAAAAAUGGGUUUUCAACUGCUUUUUGAAAGUGGGGCAAUUAUAUCGUAUCGUGACCCAGGUUUCGUGAUAAUAUCGUACUGUGGCCCAAGUAUCGUGAUAAUAUCGUAUCGUGGCCCAAGUAUCGUGAUAAUAUUGUACCGUGGCCCAAGUAUCGUGAUAAUAUCGUAUCGUGGGGCCACUAGUGAUUCCCACCCUUAAUACUUAUGGGAUGUAACAAGUACUAUGACUUUGGGGCUCAGGGGUAGAGCCCUGCAUGUCAAAGUACUUUUUGGCGAGAUACUGGACCCGAAGUAGCUUCUUUUUUUUGUAUUUGUGAGCGUGCUUUAUGAUGUGAAGCCAUGGUGGUAUUGUAAACACAAACUUUGUAUCUGCCAUAGAGAGAGGGAGAAGGAUAGAGAGAGCCGCAUAUGCAUGGAAUUACAUUGUGGAUGUAGGGUGUAGAUAGCGCCCAUCUUCCUGUCCUGUCUGUGGGGCUUCUUCUGCAGAGAUUUCUAUCAGGCUGCGCUGCUGAGAUAACUUUGAACUGAAGUUUCCUGGAUGUCUGAAGAGAGAGGAGCACUAAGAAGAGAGCUAUUUCAAUCACGGGGAGGGAGGUGAAGCCAGGUCGAGGGGUUGAGACUGAGCACUUUGAGAUGCUCAGAUAUAACACAGUUUGAUUAAUCAUUUCCUGUUUGACUCCACUUCUGUCUGAAUAUUUGACUCUUUUUGUGGAUGCCACAAAAACAGGUUUCAGCAAUUCUUGUGUUGAAAAGAAGUAGACAUGUGUGUGUUUUUGUUAACACGAAGCUCUGCUGUGUUAAAACAGAUUCAGAUAGGCAGCUGAUACCUGACACUUUACCCGAUGGUGACAGAGACGGAGCAGUUACACUUGAGCACAUGUAUCUGUUUUCACCAAAGCAGAUGUAAUAAUUGGAUUUACCUCCUUAAAGCGUAGACAUGUUUGAGUGAAGAAUCAUCUUUAACACACUCUGGCCCAAAUGCUUCCCUGAGGAUUAUCAGGAAUUACUGAAAGACAGGAAAGUAGGCUAUUGUGUAAAGUAAAUUAUUAAAUUAUGAGCUGACAGAUGAGCCGGAAAGUAGGCUAAUGUAAGUCACACAGCCAAGGAGUCAAGUCAGCCAUAACGUUGAAUUAUACACACUGGAAUUCAGGCAGAAACUUAGAGCGGGUCACUGCAUGUCAGACAGCAUAUUUAUAUUUACCUUUAUUUUAUUUAGAUAAAAAAAAUGUUUAAAGCCUCACCUGUAUCCUGGUGUGGAUCCAAACUAGAGAAGUUUCAAAGCAACUGUUCUUUAAAUGGAAAUUUAAAUACAGACUAAUCAACUAGUCUGGGAUAUUAUGGUCAACACCAGGUUAGACAACCCCUCAAGAGAUGAAUGUUGUCGACUGCUUGCUUCUCUAGUUAUACCAACUUUGGUAACGACCGCACGAUAGCAAUACACAGCGGUCUACUUCUCCAUGCACAAACCACAACCAAAACACCACUCUAUAGCCACAAAUAAUGCUCAGAACAGCACCUAACUUCAUCAACAGUACAUAUAGGGUCCCAGCCAUAGGACUAGCCAUCAAACAUCUGUUUAACUUUGCCUGAUUUCUUUAGCAAAGAGACUAAACACAACUCACCCACCUUCCUCCAGCAGCCGCUUGUUUGUGGGGGAGCCCUGACGAGUUGAUCACUGAGAGCAGCUGAGUUUCGCAGCUCAAGGAAGAACAUUUAUGAUAACUACUUCACAGAAAUGCAGUCAGACCGAGACGCUAAGGCAGAAGAACUACCACGUCUGCAGUGCAAAAUGAUUAAUAUGAUGAUAUUACGGUGAUCGACUCGCCAGGGCUCCCCCACAAACAAGCGGCUGCUGGAAGAGAGUAGGUGAGUUGUGUUUAGUCUCUUUGCUAAAGAAAUCAGGCAAAGUUAAAAAGAUGUUUGGUGUCUAGUACUAUGGCUGGGACCCUAUCUGUCCUGUUGAUUAAGUUAGGUGCUGUUCUGAGCAUUAUUUGUGGCUAUAGAGUGGCGUUUUGGUUGAGGUUGAGGUGAAUGACCUACCUCUCCACAUUAGGCAAGGUCCCUCACUGACCAUUUUUAAAACCCGUCUAAAAACCCUCUUUUAUUCCUUGGCUAUUCCUUUUUUAUUGCUUUUAAUUAUAUUUUAAAACAACUAUUUAAUGUUGUUUUUAUGUUAUUUUGUACAGCACUUUGUGUCAGCUUUGGUUGUAUUUAAAGUAUAUAAAUAAACUUGAGUUGAGGUUUGCAUGUGGAGAUGUAGACCGCUUUGUAUUGCUAUCGUGUGGUCGUUACUAAAGUUGGUAUAACUAGAGAAGUAAGCGGUAGGAAACAUUCAUCUCUCGAGGGGGUGUCUAACUCGGUGUGUUUGACCAUAACUUAAAUUUACGCCGGAAUAUCCCUUUCAUAGUCAGAAAACAGACACACAGCUCUCCCCACUGAAGUUUCAUCCUCUCUUGGAUGAUAUGAUUAUUGUAUAGAGAUUACUCCCAACAACUCGAUUAAAGUCUUGUCGUCUGUACUCGGCAUGUUAACAGUCUGUCAGUCUGAGCCGAGGUCUUGUUUACUGCAAACAGCCCAUUGAAGGCUGAUGUUGUUGAACGGUGCGGUGUGAUCAUCAGAGCACAUGUGUACCAGCAGCAGGUGUAACACAACACCUUGAUCUGUCAUCCCGCUCUCUUUUCCAUCACACACACACACACACACACACACACACACACACACACACACACACUGUCCCGUACCUGUCCCCCCCGCCCCUUCAGUGUUGAUCCAGAUGGUGUUAUUAUUUAUCAGCCGUUCUGCUGCAGAUGGAGCGCGGCGAGAUGCUCGAACCGUAACCUUUAUCAACGAGUUUAGCAACAAAACAUUUGAAGCUUCUGCUCGGCUUCAUGUAUUUUUCAGAUCAAUAUUAACUCUUCCUUUUCCCUCUUUCUCUUACACUCUCCAUCCUUUCUUCUUAUUUUAAUUCUUUGUUCUCACACCUUCACUCACGCUGCAUUAUGCUCUCCUCCUGAUUUCUUUUCUUUAUUUCCAUCUUUCUAUCUACUGCACCUUUUUCAAAUGUGUUUUCUCUUCUUUGUCCUUCCUCCCACCUUCCUGUUUUCUUCACCCUUUCUUCCCUCUCCAUCUCUCCUCACUCUCUCUCUCACUUCUCCUCCCUUUUAGUGGCUCUAGGGCGUAACCAGCCCCUGAAGAGAGAGCGGCCUAAAUGGAAAAGUGACUACCCGAUGACUGAAGGCCAGCUGCGCAGCAAGAGAGAUGAGUUCUGGGAUACGGCGCCAGCAUUCGAGGGCCGGAAGGAGAUCUGGGAUGCGCUGCGGGCUGCAGCCAGCGCCUUUGAGAGCAAUGACCACCUGCUGGCUCAGGCCAUCCUGGAUGGGGCCAGCAUCACACUGCCGCAUGGUAACACACACUGAUACACUAGCAGAUUUUGGAGAUAGUGUUUGGUUAGCCCUCCAUGAAACACAGCUGGGUGGACUUCAUUUCAGAAAGAAUUCAGUUUUCCUCUCCUGAAGCUCUCAAGAGUUCAUAAAACUCUGGAAGUCAGCUGUGGAGAGUCCAAUUACAGCUCGAGUCUCCUCCAAGGCUUCAGAUCUCAUUUUGUCUCUGAACUUUGUUUUUAAGAUUCGGAGAUCUUGAAUUAGCUCUUCUAUGAUGAAAGUACAGAGGAGACAGCGGUUCACUCCAAGGGCGAUCAAGCAAGAGUCGGAAACAAAAGAAAGCGAAGAAAUUUAAAGCAGAUGGACUGAGGUCGUUCACACUGUAAAAAGUGACGUGAGGAGUUGAAACAGACUGAAACCUCCAGUUAACGAGACCAUCAGCAAAAACUUUGACAAUUUCGAAGUUUUAGUGUUUAACGUCUGUGACCAUGACGCAUCAUGCUACCGUAUUUAUAGCUUUCUGGAAAAAAGGCAAUUUUCCCAACAAUGAAAAACAGCGAGUGAAACAUCCCACUUUAAAGAGAAAACAUGAUUUACUCAUUUACACUAAAUUAGCAAAGAAAUGAGAGGUGUAACUUUGUCCACAGGGGGCGCCAAAAUCAACCUAAACAAAAAAUUCCUUACUCAAAACAGUAGGUGUGAAAAGUCGUCUUUUGUGCUGUUGUAGAGCUGAAUAUGUAUAAAGAUCGAAGCACAAUGUUGAUCCAAAACAAUCACCGAGGAGUUGGAGUAUCUAAUAUGUAGAGUGAUUUUACAAAGUCAAAAAAAGCCAAAUUUGUUUACUUUGAGCUUUUUCACCAUCUGCUUUUUAGGAUGGGAGUAAAUAUGUUUAACCAGACCAGAACAUAGACUGUAUACUAUGGACAACUUGGCUUCGCCUUCUGCCAGUAUACGAAUUUGAAGCCGAAUUGCUCUCGGUAUGUCCGUGUUUUUUCUCCACUUCCUUGAACCACCACUUGCACAGUAGCAUUGUACACAUUCGGCGGAAGAGUCGCUGUGAUGACGCUCGGCUCAAACAACGUAUCCCUUGGGUGAGCUACGCAAUGUUCCUACGCCCAUAGGCUGUAUCAGGUGUCAAUCAUAGAAAACAUGAACCCUCUAAUAACUUUUAAAAAUGGAGCUGCACAGAAAAAAAGAGGACUUGAGCACAAACCAGUCUUACAAUAACUACAUGUCAACAUCACAACCAGGGGGGAGAAACAUUUAUAUUCUGUGUAAUAAAUUUCUAAAGUUUGUCCACAGCUCCAUAGGGAUUGCUGGGGGAGGCGGGAUUUAUGACCUAUACUGCAGCCUGUCACCAGAGGGUGCUGUUCAGACGGCAUCCAUUCUGUAUACAGUCUAUGGACCAACAGCACAAUACGACAGAAGUACUUAAAGAUAUUAGAAGACCUGAAUUUAAGCCGACAAAACUAUAAGAAGAACUUGAUCGAUUCCCAAAGGGAAAUAUAAUCAUAGAUGAAUGAAUUUAUUUACUGCACUUUGGUUUGGUUUUGCUUCGAUGAAACUUGGUCUGUAGGUGAAAUAUACAUAACUUUAAAACAACAGUAAAAUCACUGUAUUUGACGUUUGGAGGUCUUGAUACUUGGAUCACAUCUUUGAACAUUUUUUCUCAUGCCUCAAGUUAAAAUGGCAGUGAAUCAAGUUUGUGUACAAAUGGUGUGCCCUGAUGUACAUACUGUUCGAUUUCUUGAUUUAGCUUCACAUGUUUGACAGAUGAAGGCAUAAAGAGGUGUUUGGUCUCUGAGGUUUUCAGGGACAAUAACUCACGUGUGUCGACAGGGUCAGAGCUUAGAGGCUGGAGGGUGUUGCAGAGCAGCUUCAGACAGUCUCGUAUACAUCCUUGCGGUUUCUCGUAUCAUAUAGUUACAGAAACAGGAAGUCAACUUUGCUGAACGUGUUAUUCAUCUCAGCAGCCUCUCCUGUCUUUUUUUUUUAGCUUUUACUUAAAGGAACAUUUGAAACUGAGCGACUGUAAGCCCUGACUGUGUUCUGUGAAAAGUGAUGAAAGAUGCUGAACCUCUGGAUGUAUUUCAGUGACCGCAUUUUAGAGUUCAGACUUCAGCUAUAUUCUGUGGAGGGAAUCGAUGAAUAAUAUAUGAAAAGGUCGGAGUGUGUCCUCAGACUUCUCAAAGUAGAACUAAAUGAAGCAAUCACUCACAUAAGCCGACCAAAGAUAGUGCCUCCUGACACUUUUAAGAGAGCCUCCACAGUGAACGGAUCAAUAAAACUGAAAGGGCUCAGAUUCAGGAACUCCAGUGUCUCCACAUCAGCUGCUUAGGUAUGCUGUAUAAAUGUGGAUCAGCAUUACUCUGUUGAUUUCUCUUUCAUAUCCUGUCAGAGUCAUAAAUCAUAAUUGGAAAGAUUAUUACUUUUUGUGAGGUUUUUUUAGGUAGUGGUACAUUUUUCCCUGUGAUGGUACUCAGUAUUCCCCUUUUUCUCCAGACUUUGAAUGGGUUUUUUUUUAAGGUCAGCAGUGAAAGUGAAGGUCCAAAACAGGCUGAGAUGAUGGGCCCACUUUGUUUGAAAACCUGUCUAUCUUUGGGUUUUGUUUACCUGAGACCAAUAGCCAAGGCUGUGAACAGAUUAUCCUCCCCUCCGAUGAGAUUUUCCCUUUUUCUUCCACUGAGCAGACCUUUGUUAGUGUCCCGAUGAAAACCAAAAGUCCUAGUUGAAGUGUUUUCAUUUUCAUCAUCAUGUUCUCAAGUUUUUACACCUUGAGAUACUGCCACUCUUCUGAGGACUGAUCCCGUGUUAGGAAAGUCUGAAAAAGUUGCUGUUUAAGCACGUAGAGUUACAUGGGACCAAACCUGGGCCUUUUUAUACUCAAACCCCUCUCUAAACCCUCUCUGCCGCUCUGUUUGUGUGAUAGAGUGGACUGUCUGCCACAUUGAGAGCCAUCCAAAACCCCUGAGUGUGGAGUGAAUACAGGUCGUUAAACCCUUCAAUACUGAGUCUGCACCAUAGACAAUGGACAGAGCAAAGCUGUCCCAAAUGAUGCCAGUGCUUUCGAGGCUCCCCCUGGAGGCUGGAUGCAGUAUAGGCCCGAAGAAACACUUUUUCCACUUUUUUGGCAAAUGGAACAUGAGUGAACUUAGAAAUGUAAUAUAGUGUUUAAGGUUGGAGAAUUAGGCAAAAGUAGAUAAUACUUAAGACAGAGCCUUCUCUGUUGCCGCCCCCACCGAGACUGUACCGACCCCCACACUCUUAAAAACUCAUCUUUUUAACUUGGCUUUAAACCUGUGAAUCUGUUCUUUUAUUGUGUCUUUUUUAACCUUUUACAUCAUUCAUAAUUUUCUGUAUUUAAAUUUUUUUUUUAAAAUCUUUUUAAAUUUUUUCAUUUUAUUUUCUUCUUUUUAUUCGUAAGGCGUCUUUGAGCACCUGUAAAAGCGCGUCAUAAAUAAAAUGUAUUUUCUUACUGUAUUUAAAAUGCUCACAGGGAUUAAAUGAAGGGGUGUAAUGGUAUUGAAGUACUACCUCAUGGUUAUUGUGACCAAAAUAAUCAUGGUUUUCGUUAAAAUCGCUGUAUUUUUAAAAAUGUAUUCAAAGGCAUUGAUUACAGCAUUUUCUAGGCUUUUAACUAGCGCUAAAACGUUGCCUUGUUUUCAUUGUUUCAUCAUAUCUAGACAGGAUUACUGUCUUCAAAUAAGCGUUCCCUCAACAUUCCUACAAAACCCAAAAUGUGCCCAUACUACCAACUUGGUCCUCUUGGAGGGCUGAUGGAUGUCUUUGGCACUGUCGUCUCCUCCUCCUUCUGCCAUGAUUCCAUUCCAAACUCAAUAGAAAGUUUAAACGCAAAUUUUAGGCUACACAGUGCGUCUGCGUGGAUACUUCAGGAGACUUGGAUAGAGCUGGGAUGAUUAACAGGGUUUCCCCUAUAUGCAGUUGAUCGUGGUGCAUUACCACGGCUAAAUAAAAGCCGCCACACCUUAAAAAUGUAGUUUUUUCAUAUGUGGCUCUACCUUGGACUCAUAUGUGACUGUAUACCGUAUUUUUCGCACUAUAAGGUGCACUGGAUUAUAAAACACACCAUCAAUGAACGCGUCUAUUCGCGUCUAUUUCCAUACAUAAGGCGCACCGGAUUAUAAAGCACAGAAGCCAAACAAAAUAGUCAGAUAAGUCCAACUUUAUUUAACUCAUUCGAUAACUCUGUGAGGCGACAAUCGCUGCAGCGCUACGACAAGCCAUCAGGCUGUGCGACUUUGUAGCUCAUCGAAGUCGUAAUAAAACAUUCUGACAGAUUUUUGAGCGCUGUGUACCACAUAAAAUCGGUUCGAGGUCAGUAAGCACAACCAGAAUUCAUACAUUAGGCGCACCGGAUUAUAAGGUGCACUGAGGAUUUUUCCACGCCGAGUAUUAGCAUUAGCGAGUUAUCGUCUUCGACCACACAGCUCAUUAAUUAGCAAGUUAUUGUCCUCUGUCCGACAGCUGAUUCCUUAAAACACUCAAACCGUUUUUUUAAAUGAAAACUGUAAUCGUUAUCAUCAACAUUUUCAUCACGAUGUACCGUUACACCGGUUACCGCUUCAUCCCUAGAUUGAACAGUGCUUGGAAAUCUGGACAGUUUGUGAAUCUAGGUUUAUAUGUCAGGACAAAUUGUUCUAACCAGAGGCAUUUUACGAUCUGGUAGGAAACCCUCUCAUUACCCACUCUGCAGUAGGAUGUGGUGAACUGAAGAGUCCUGUUUGAGUGAGAUUUGGACACCAACAGACACUCUCUUUCAUGCCUGUUUAUGCCUGUUUGUGCCGUGUGUCGUGAUUGUCCGUUUUGUAUUCUGUCUGGUUCAGAUCAGAUCCUGCUGAGCUCCAGCUGUGGAUUCCCCAGGUCUGAUGUCAUGUCACACUCGUCCAGUUCCCCAGCACAAACAGCAACCACAUCAGAAAUAGUUUCCCUUUUUCCUUAUCAUCUUUUUCACGUUCCUUGACAUGUUUCGGCGUAAACUUCCACCUUCCUCACGUGUGUCUCUUGGUGGUAGAUGUGACAUGUUAUAUCACACCUACCACCAAGUGUUACUUCCAGAAACACUAACAAGUCUAUGAAGAGAGUGAUUUUUUGCUUUUGUUUUUGUCUGUAUGGUUGGCUGUGAGCAUCUGUGGAGAAAGUGGAAGGAAAUGGAAGAAGAAUUUGUCUGCAGCACAAGAAAACAAAGGAUACGACUCAUUUUGUACAGUUCAACAAAAAACAAGGCCAUGCUAGCCCCCCUAUGAGGCUGUGGAUUCACACAGUGUCCAUCAUCCUAACAUACAGACAGUGAUGAGGCUAACAUGCUAAUGUCAACCUGCUGCAAAGGUUUUAAGACUCAGUAAUUUAGCUUAGUGUGUUGAAAAGCUCCUUUGAUUAACCAUGGAGAAGAGCCGGGGGAACCCCAGAGUGAGAAGUAGUUUGUCUUAAGAGGAAUAUAAAAGUAAAAAAUUCCAGAUUUCACAGCCGUUCAUACAAAAAUUAGAGAAAUGCCACCAUUAAGUGAAAAUGUGAAGGAGUAAAUGAAAAGUCAGGGGAUCACCAGAGUGAGGAGGAUUUCUCUGACAAAGGUGACGUUAGUUAAGUUUGUGUUGUUCAAAUAGCAGAUUUGUUGAAUCCUCUAAAGUCUUCUUGAAUGCUCAAACCUUUUCUAAAAACUCUGAAAUAUUAUUAAGGGUUUAUUUUAUCACAGUCCUCGCUGUCCUCACAACACCCCAAUAAUAAAACACACAUAAUGACGGUUAUCACUUUCUCUAAUUGCAUCAGCGAUCUCCAGCUUAGAACUGCCUCUUAAGAGCAACAUGUGGAUUAACUUGUUGGUGUUCUCAGAGUUGCGCCAUUAUGUGCCUCUUCAUGUUCAGGAGGUUCAAUACACUCUGAACUCAGAGGAGAGUGACCCUCAGGUGGGGUUUUCGGUUACAGAACAGCUAACUUGAGUUGGUUCAGUCAUCCUGGAAUUAACCCGGCUUUGACAAUCAGGUGUUUUCUUAAAUGAUUUAUCUACUUUUUUUAUUUUCUAUUUUUUGUAAAUAUGUACGUUGGGGUGUUUGAUUGUAAAUUGAAUAGCAGAGAAGGGGUGUGUUUUAAAAAAGCGUGAUCUUUUUCGGACAUGUUGGGUUCACAUUAUUAUUUUUUCUUGACUAUUGUUAUUGUUAUUGUUGUUUUGACUUUUUUUAUUGGUUUGUUUUCAGUUUACAUUUUUGCAGAAAAUGCUAUAAAACGUAAAAUCUGUCAUAAUUUAGAUGCCACUGGACAGAGAAAACAGGAUUUGCACCAAACCUGUUAGAAACGGGGCCUAUUGGGUAGUCAUGUUUACAUGUGCAAAAUUUCUUGAUCCAAUUAAAAAUUUAAGGGAUUGGAAAAUCUGAAUCCACUGUUUAUAUCGAGCGACUGACGGCAAACCCUUCUGCGGUGGGUGAGGAUGCGGCUCGGCAGAGUGCGGCUUGGCGAGGUGAAAUUAUACUGAUUACAGCACAAGGAGGCAAAUAAACAUCUAUUUCCCGCCAUCUAUUUUGGUAAAAUUCUGCCACACUGCCGACAUCUUUGACAUGGAUGUUAAAGGAGGACUCACAUGAAAGUUGAAACGCUCAAAAUAAAAAUAAAUAUCAGCAAACCACCGGACGUUGAUUUACGUGGACGCUCUUUAAUCUUCCUGUCUCCAGCCCGGUCUCCAGUGGGUUGGGCGAAUCCAAAAUGGUGAAAACAAGGGGGGUGUUCUGAGACAGGAAAACAUCCCCAUGAGCACUCGGUACGUUCCUCCUGAUAAAAUUUACCAUAAACAGUUAAUUCAAGCGGAAAAAAAAACAAGUCGACCAAUCAGAAUUUUGGUCCACUCAGCACGUUAUAACCAUAGACUGUAUAUACUAUGAACAACUUGGUUCUGCCUCCUGCCAGUAUACGGAUUUGAAGCCAAAAAGCUCUUGGUAUUUCCGGGAUUUUUCUUCAGUCUUACAGUAACUACAUGUCAACAUCACAACCAGGGGGGAGUAACAUUUAUGUUCUGUGUAAUUAAUUUCUAAAGUUUGUCCACAGCUCCAUAGAGAUUGCUGGAAAAGGCGGGAUUUAUGACCUAUACUGCAGCCCGUCACCAGAGGGUGCUGUUCUUGUAGUAGCUUCACCCAGUGAGGAGGCAGAUGCUGUCCAUUCUAUAUACAGUCUAUGGUUAGGACCAAUAAUUUGACCAGUUGACUAGGACUUCCCAGCUUUAAGGGAAACAGAGCAAGCUAAUGAAACACAGGAUCUACAGUUACACAAUACUUGCGUACAGAGAGCAGUGAAGUGACGCUGAGGGUCUAACCAAGACUGCCCACCACUCAGGGAUGCUGUCGUGGUUUCUGCUUCAUAGGGGGUAAUUCCACAGUGAGACAUCUCAAUCAUGCCAUUUAGAGAACUGCGCCACAGUUACAGUUAACCUUAAGUAUACAGUAGUAGUUUCAGGGGGGAAAACACACCUGUAAUGUAUUCUUCCCCUCAUGUGUGAGAAGUGUUUAAGUGGUUAUGAAAUGACUGAAGUAAAUUCUGCUGCUACAGUUAAAAACAAACGAGAAAAGAUCUGACUUAUUCUCGCUGGCGUCCUCUACUUAAGCUCUAUAUCAAUUCAAUACAACAUCACUGUUUAUACAACACUUAUUCAAAACAAACACCUGUACAGUUUGGAUGAAAUCUUCAAAAUCACCCAUGUAUGCAGACGGGUUAAUGUGAAAUAUCUGAAGCCGGUUGUUUGUCUAUUUUUGUGCAACCUUUCACACCAUGCGGUUUUCAGCUGUUGUUGAAAGGUGCAGAGGACUUGUUACUACGUAGUUUAGUUGAGAAAUUAUGAAAGUAGAAACCUCUAUUCUUGUCUUUCCCCAUCUCCUCUGCUCUCACUUUCACUCGACCAAGUCCUGAGGCUAUGUGUAGCCUCUCCGUCCUCACCUUGACCACAGCAGCUGUCAUUUUCAGAGCAGAGAACAACAUCCUGUGGUCUCUGCUGACUCAUCUCUGUCUCCCCUCGCCACAAAAACUCAUUGUCGAGCAGCUCAUGCUGCCUCCAGACUCAUAUAACAACACAGGCGCGAUGCGGUGACCUUUGAAAACAUUGUGUAAAAGAAAAGACAAGCUGGGGAGUUGAACUUUUUGCUUUUGUUGGGAAAGUUCUCACCCGGGUCUUAAAUCUUUUAAAACAAGUUUUUGAGUUUCUGCAGGGUGACGUCAUCUCAGAGGUUUCAAAAACAGAGAAAACAUCAGGGAUGAGUUGGUCAUAUUUAAACUGAAAUGUUAUUCUUCUGAAAAACAACAAAAACAACCUUUAUAUAACACUUUUAUUAGGUCAUGGGCCGUCUUAAACGUGACGUACUCUCCAGCUCUUUUCAAGCCCAUUGACGGCAGUUGGUGCAUUAGAAACGCAAACCCAACCUCGCUUUUGAUCAGCUGAGAAACAGGCAAAAGGAUCAAACAGGGGCUGACUUGACCCGAAUUUCCACCGCAUCCGGAAUACCAACCAUAAAACCGUAUUCCCCGAUCUCAGCUGAUUGUUUCCAUUCGAGUUAAAGUGUUGAAUUCCAUCGGCUACUUUCUGUUGCGCUGCGAAUCCUGGCGAUCGAAUAUGUAGCCGAUUGCCAGGAUUCUUUUUUAUUCUGGGCGCUGCAGCAUGCCACAUAAAUUCAGCACAGAUUAGCCUGUGCUGGAAAGGAAGUUGGGCACAGACACAAAAUAAAAUAUCUGUCUUCUUUUCAAAAUAAAACACUACGAGUAUCAGGCGGAUUGUAUUUCACAACAUGCAAAUGGGUGGGGGCCAACAAGUCAAAGGUUUUCAGACGAUGACACCAUGGAUGAGGAGAUGCUGAUUCUAGAAGUCUAGAAGUGGAUUUCCUCCUCUGGAAGGACACAAUCUACUGCUUAUAUGGAUAUGUGGCUGUCUUUAUAGAGAUAACUCAUUAUCGUGAGAUCGCAUGUGAUUCCGCGAGUUCUUGUGAGUUCUCUCGAUUCCCGCUUUUUGAAAUCCGCUACGAAAUUCGCCUCACAAAUGCAUCUGGUAGGAAUUGGCGGACUGAGAAAAUUGCAGCCAUUCCGUAGCAGAGCCGUCCCGGACGCAGUGGAAAUUGGGGGUUACAGAGUCCAGGCAAAAGGAACUGGUGCGUCCUUCAACUAAGCUGUGCCCCAAGUGAAUCAAAUUUCUGCCCAACUGAUAAAAAAAAUCGAAUUCUACAAAUAAUUCCUCACCAGUCUCCUCAUAUCCUCCAAAGUCUCUCUAACUUGUGAAAGUACUGCUUAUGCGGCAGAGUGAUUUUGGGGCAAAAUGAAGUCCAGGAACCUUGUUUAGAUCCUGGUCCACAUGGGCAAUGACGUCUUUCUAAAUCCACUUGACCCUGAGCUAAGUUUGUGCGUUAGAAAUCCAACAGUGUUUAGGGAUGUGAAGUGUAACUACGGUGCAGGAUGCAUGUUCGAAAAUCCCCUUGAGGACGGGGGCCCCCUCUCUUUCUAGAUACCACUAUAUUAACGUUUGUUUGUCUCCUCUGUGCGUCUUUUUCCCCCUCCGUCCACCAACCAUCUACUCCGUGAAUCACAGUCGACACACACUGACAUAAAGUCUAUAAAUGUCACACCCACACUGACACACGGCGUUCCCUUUCUCCUGCUUUUGCUCUAAGAUUGUUCCUCCCAGUCUUUGUUCUCCAUUCAGCCUGACUCUCAUUUCUCCAUUUCUGCUUUUUAUAGAAAACGUGAUAUGAAGGUCAGGUUUUGGCUUUGUUAUUUGGAAGAGAGAUUUGUUGGAGGUUAACGUGAAAAUUUCACUUUAAUGGUUGUUUGUGGAACUUCCCAGUUUCAGUUGACCUUGUGGAGUCGAGCGGAGACCGAAUGUUCUCUCUAAAUGAGUGGUUUGGGUGGGUUGCUUUUGCACGUGAUGGAUGUUUAUGUCAUCACAGUUCAUUGUAAAAAACCUCUUUGGGGUAUCGAUCUGUUGGCAGGAAAGUAAAUAUGUCCCAAAAGUAGUGAUGCACUGGUUGCCGAUACUGCUGUUUUUUGUUCUUUUAAAAAUGUUGCUUAUUUCAUUUGUUUGAACUUAUUAAUUACCUUACCUAAAUUGAAAUUUUUUUAAUCAAAACAUAAAAUAAGGGAAGCACAGAUUCAAUAAUACAAAUGGACAGGAGGACCUUGUGUGUGUGAGGACCUUGAGUCUUGCAAGUGGUUUGCGUCAACUUUCCGCUGUUUAUCGGCUCUUAAAAAAUCACUUUAAACUGCUUCGUGUCUAUUAUUGAAAUGACCGAUGAGACUUGAUGUAUUUGAAUUUCUGCUCGUAGUCCCUUCUCUUGAAAUUUCACAAGAACAUCUUUCAAACUGCAUGUUUUUCAGAGGUCAUGUAAUGAUCCCAAACUGCUGACAUUUUGUUAGACCGUAAACAAAUUGUACACGUGUGCGCAUGGCACGUUGCACUGUCUAACAUGUGACUCCUUCUGCCCAAAAAAUAAUGUGUUUACAUUGUUAGCAGUAGCUUUACUAGCCUGCCACCAAAAGGUUCAUGAGUAGACAUGCUCAUCGGCUACUGUCAUCGGUGCAUUCCACUUCAUUAACCGAUGGGCUGAUGUCCAUCAACAGCGCAGACAUUGGCCUAUACUGAUGGUUAUCCGAUACAUUGGUGCAUCUCUACCCAAAAGCUUUAGAGAGACAGAAUAAUGGGUCGACUGAUUAAUCUGACUGAUUAGUGACAUUUUGAUGUAAACGACACCAUUUUGGCAUCAGCCCUCUUUAGGCCGAUAUCACCGUCAAACAUGUAUAUUUUUAUAUCCAGGCAUUGACCCUUUUUUCCGCUCUUCUAGGCGCUCUGACUGAAUGUUAUGAUGAGCUGGGGAAUCGAUACCAGCUGCCAGUCUACUGCCUCUCUCCCCCUGUCAACAUGAUUGAGGAGCGCUCCGAGGAGCCUGACGGAUCAGAUCCAGACUCUGGUGCUGCUGAUCCGUCCACGGGCAGUGCCAGUGACCCCGGGUCAGGAGGGGAGUGCCAGCUGAGGCUCAGGCUCUCCACAGGUCGCGACCUGCGGCUCGCUGUCCGUUCCUCGGACACCGUGGGCAUGAUGAAGCGCCGUCUGCAGAGUCAAGAGGGCGUGCCCGCCCCAACCCAGCGCUGGUUUUUCUCAGGUCGGCCUCUCACAGACAGGCUGCGCUUGGACCAACUCAACAUCUCCAGGGACUAUGUGGUUCAGGUGAUCCUCAGCCAGCCGCCACAGCCAGAGCCACUGUCUACAGCAGGACACACACCAGAGGCCUGUGGGCCGGAGGAGGGAGUGGCUGCACUGUCGCAGCAACCGACGCCUGUGGAGAACUGACUCCCCUCAUCCUGGCAGCCUGGAGAUGGGAAUCCCAGCAGGCUCGGAGAAUAAAAGGAGGAUAACAAGGGAGAAAAAAGGAUGAAAAUUAAUUCUGACUUUUCUCUUUUUAUUUGCACUCUUCUUCUUCUCUUCUUCUCUCUUCUCUUGCUCUCAUCUCUUCUGUCUUCUCUUGAUUUCUCUCUUCUCUGCAAGCUGCUUUUGCGAGAAGGUCUUUCUUUGUUGGCUGUCUGCUGGAGCGAGAGGACUCUUGAAUCGAGAAAAAGACUCUUCCUAUUGGUUUUACACGAAAUUUUGACCUUUUUAAAGUCUUUUUAACUGUUCCUAUGGAAACCAAACAACAAAAACAGAACUUUGUCGGAUGGUUAAAAGGGUUUUCUUUGCGGACACUGAUUUUUCGAAUGUUUCUGUGUUUCCACUCGAGUUCUGCUCUCUGACAAAGGUCAUCAGGAUUCUGUUCAUGAGGCUACAGGGUUAAACAUUGAUUUCACAUCAAACACACACACACGUUCAACCUGUGAAGAUUAUAUAGAGAAGAAUAAGAUACUCAGCAAUCAAUAGUGAUCAUACGUGAAUCAAAUCUAGGUCACUUCUUUACACUAGGAUUCAGUCAGUGUGCUCAGAGCGUUAAUGAAAGCAGACAGAUGUGUCCUCAGUGGGAUCGGAGAGGUUUCAGUCAGGGGGCAUGACGGUGUUUUACUGAGCUUUACUCCACUCUGCUUCACUCUACAAUCAGAGCAAUCAUUAUAAUAACAUCAAGUAGUCAGCCUGUGUGAGAGUGUGUGUGUGGGUGUGUGUGUGAAGGUGUGUGAGUGGGUGUUCAUAUAUGUUAAAGACACAAGUACACAUAUUCAUGUGGGAAAAGGAUGGAACAUCGGAAACACAGUUGCAUAUUUUGAUUAAAAAUAGAAUGUUUUUAAUUAAAAUUGAUCAUUGUUUCUAUUCAUCAAUCUCUGUUUCACUUUGUGUCCCAGGUG